UCACACUGCGUCGUGUAAAUAACACAGGAAGUUUAAAACCAAGCUGACUUAUUAAAAAAAAAAAAAAAAAAAAAAGUAGGAAAUGGCAUACUUUGAGAUUAUAGCCUACUCUGUUGCGAUGAUGAUCUGGAAAUUGUGAGAUUGAGUGAUAUGUAAUUGCGUUUGCUGAAACCCUGGAAUUUAGGAUUGACAAGGUAAGCUUAUUGUGUGUUCCAAAGGCACGCAGCUCAUUGACAGCAGGCAUUUUUGACUCACGUGUCUUUAGUGUUUCGUGUCUGUCAUGCCCACAAGCUGUGGCACUCUAAACGUCUGUUGAAAAUCAUGUCCAGCAGAAAGUCCAAAAAAAGAAUUGGGUCAACACGACAGCGCCAUCAAGGGCAUAAGGCAGAAGAGAGGGGAGCUAAUGAAGAACUUCAAGAGGCCUCCACUGCCCAACACCUGCUAUUAUCAAACUCAUCUGAAACACCCACAUGUCAGCUUGAUUGUGUGCCUGAGAAUAUAGAGGGUGGCCAACAUGAUCCAAGCAAAACAAACUCAGAAAACUUUGAAACUGGGGCGCUGGCUGACAUUUCGGAGGCAGAGACAAGCACUUCUGAGAAGAAAAGGAGAAUGGGUUCUACUCGAAGAGCCAAGCAAGGAUUUCAAGCUGAAGAGAGAAAUGAGCAGGAGGAGGUUAAGAGCAUGCAGAUUGUACAGGAAGAAUUUAAUGUCACAGGAACAGAGGAUCAGUAUUUUAAAGAAUAUUCAGAUGCACCAGAAUUAGUGCCAGACCAGGCUCAGACACAGAUGCUAGAAUUAGGUGGCAGUGAAGUUAAGGAACUGGGAACAGGGGAUGAAUCUCUAAAUGAACAACAUAAGCUGUUGUCAGAGCUGGACCUCAAAACAGAGACAGAGGCCUGCAGUACAGAAAUACACUCUCCUCCAUUAGCAAAUCCACCUGUGUGUGUCACAGGCACCCAUCUAGGAGAGGGGGGAACUUUACACAAAGAAGAUGAAUUAUUAUGCUUCAAUAUGUUUGGGCCCAAGGAGAUCUGUUCUGAUGACACACCACUUCAAAAUACACCUCAAGGACUUUCUGAUCAGCAGAAAGAUGGAAGUGCUACAGACGUAAGUAGAAGUGAAGAAAAAAUGAGGGCAAAAGAGGUCCAGGGUUUGGAGGGUAGUUUAAGCCAAGAGAUAACAAUGCCAAAACCCCCCAGCUCCAUUGAUGUUUCACAAGAAGAAGAUGAAAACUCAAAACAUAAUGUUCAAAGGCUUAAGAAAAGAAUGGGGUCUACCCGUAGACCACUCAAAGCAAUCAAACCGAAGGAGGACAUUGGAAACAGCCAGGUGGGAACACAAGGGAUUAGAGAUAACACAUUGCAAGAGGAAAUGUCUGUCAAAGAGGACACACAGUUCAGAGAAAUGGUUGAAUUUAAUGAUGAGUUAGAGAUGGCCUUUACUGUGAAUGUGAGAGGGGUAGAGUUAGAAGGAACAGGUGACGAGGAACAUACUGCCAUGGACACAGAGGCAUACCCCUCAACAGAGAAUAUAACAGAUGGCAUUGGGCCAAGCACCACAAGUAGUCAUCUCAUUGUGGAAAGGGACUAUCAUCACAAUGAGACAGACAGUGAAGAGCAUACUAGUAUUAAUCAAGAGGAAGGUGCAGAAGUAUUCCAUUCAGGAGUAUUAGGGGAGCAAAUAAGUGAACAUCUGUCAUAUCAUGCACUGGAUGAAGAGACACUGCAGGUAGUGGACCAAAGACAAUUCACUGAGAACACUCAUCUUACUCCAGAAUUCACUACCCAAUAUGUUGACCAGCUCCAGCCGCAUGGUGAGAUAAAUUCAGAAAACAGUCUAGAGACACCUGGACAUCAAGAAAGGGAAUCCAGUAUAAACAUGGAGGUAUCAGAACAGACCGAAAUUGAGAAUAAGUUAUCAUCUCAUUCAGAGAAUUCCAGUCCAGAUUCUGCAGGGAUCACAAUAGAGAACAUAGGCGUCACUGACAAAACGUUCACAGAGUCUUUUUCUUCUCAGAUAGGGUUUGGGACUCUCAGUGAGGCUUCUGGUCAUUCAGAACAAGACCACCAGCCACCAUCCCCUACACAACAUGCCAUUCCAGAGAGCACAGUUGCCCAACUGAUUGUUCAUUCAGAGAGUUUUAUCUCUGAGAUGUAUAGCCCUGAUGUCCAAGACAGUGAGGAAGCAGAACAAGGAACACAGGCUCGCAUUCUUAGUUCUACCGUGGAAUCAGAGGUGCCAAAUAUCAGCACAGAUGUUCCUGACUUUUCUCAUUCACUUCAUAUGGAAUGCAUAGGCCCAUCAGAAACAAGCACAUUGUCUGACCACUCUCAGUCCUCCCUCAAACUUCAACAUCAAGGGGAAGAAGAAAGUGUAGAACAGAGUGCCUCAAGGCAGAAAAAGAGGAUGGGGUCGACCCGCAGGACAAAGAGAGAACAGAAAAGGGAAGAGACCUGUGAAGCAAUGAGUACAGAUGACGUCAAUGAGGACAUGAGCAUGAACGCAGAUACGGAGAUCCCAGUUGCCCCUCUGAAUGUUCAUGCAGAGAGUUCUAGCCCUGAGAAACAAAGUGCUGAUGGUCAGCACAGUGAGGAGGCAGAACCAGGAACACAGGCUCACAUUCUUUGUUCCACCAUGGAAUCAGCAGUACCAAAUAUCAGGACAGAUGUUCCUGACUUUUCUCAUUCACUUCAUGUGGAAAGCACAGACCAAUCAGAAACAAGCGCACUGUCUAGCCACUCUGACUCCUCCUUCAAACUUCAACAUCAAGAGGAAGAGGAGAAUGUACAACAGGGUGCUUCAAGGCAGAAGAGGAGGAUGGGGUCGACCCGCAGGACAAAGAGAGAACAGAAAACUGAAGAGGCAUGUGGAACCAUGAGUACAGAUGAUGUCAAUGAGGACACAAACAUGAACAUAGAUACGGACAUGAAGCCAAUGGCAGAAGAGGGAAUUUUACAAGAAAGCAUCAUAGGUGCCUCAAAAGAAGAUGAGUUUUUCACCCAUCAGACAGACGUUGUGACUCCUGCUGUAAUUGCAGAGCAACUAGAUGGUGAUGAACUAAAAGAUAACAAGAUGUCACAAGAUGAAACAGCAGAGGCCAUUACAACAGUGGGAGCAGACCUGUUCAGUGAAACAUUUAUCAAAGAUGUCCACCAAGUCAAAAAGCAUGAGGAGGAAGUGUCAGAAAGCUUUCUUGAAGUCCUUGGUGACCAGAACAAGGAAAGGAUAAAUGCAGAGGUAUCUGAACAGGCACAAUCUGAGAAUAAUGUAUCAUCUCCUAUAGAUGGUCUCAGCCCAGAUUGUGCAGUUGAGGACAUGGAUACCACUGAGAAGGCUGUCUCUUUCUCCUGUCAGAUAGGUGUUGAGACUCUCACCUGUCCUGGAUCUCCUCCAUCUCCUUCAUCAGAUCACAUUCCAGAGAUAGAUACCUCACUGAAUGUUCAUGCAGAGAGUUCUGAUGCUGACAUGCACAGCCCUGAUGUCCAACACAGUGAGGAAGCAGAACAAGGAACACAGGCUCACAUUCUUAGUUCCACCAUGGAAUCAGAAGUGCCAGAUAUCAGCAUAGAUGUUCCUGACUUUUCUCAUUCACUUCAUGUGGAAAGCAUAGGCUCAUCAGAAACAAGCACAUUGUCUGACCACUCUCAGUCCUCCCUCAAACUUCAACAUCAAGAGGAAGAGGAGAAUGUACAACAGGGUGCCUCAAGGCAGAAGAAGAGGAUGGGGUCGACCCGCAGGACAAAGAGAGAACAGAAAAAGGAAGAGACCUGUGAAGCAAUGAGUACAGAUGACGUCAAUGAGGACAUGAGCAUGAACGCAGAUACGGAGAUCCCAGUUGCCCCUCUGAAUGUUCAUGCAGAGAGUUCUAGCCCUGAGAAACAAAGUGCUGAUGGUCAGUACAGUGAGGAGGCAGAACCAGGAACACAGGCUCACAUUCUUUGUUCCACCAUGGAAUCAGCAGUACCAAAUAUCAGGACAGAUGUUCCUGACUUUUCUCAUUCACUUCAUGUGGAAAGCACAGACCAAUCAGAAACAAGCGCACUGUCUAGCCACUCUGACUCCUCCUUCAAACUUCAACAUCAAGAGGAAGAGGAGAAUGUACAACAGGGUGCUUCAAGGCAGAAGAGGAGGAUGGGGUCGACCCGCAGGACAAAGAGAGAACAGAAAACUGAAGAGGCAUGUGGAACCAUGAGUACAGAUGAUGUCAAUGAGGACACAAACAUGAACAUAGAUACGGACAUGAAGUCAGAGGCAGAAGAGGGAAUUUUACAAGAAAGCAUCAUAGGUGCCUCAAAAGAAGAUGAGUUUUUCACCAAUCAGACAGACAUUGUGACUCCUGCUGUAAUUGCAGAGCAACUAGAUGGUAAUGAACUAGAAGAUAACAAGAUGUCACAAGAUGAAACAGCAGAGGCCAUUACAACAGUGGGAGCAGACCUGUCCAGUGAAACAUUUAUCAAAGAUGUCCACCAUGUCAAAAAGCAUGAGGAGGAAGUGUCAGAAAGCUUUCUUGAAGUCCUUGGUGACCAGAACAAGGAAAGCAUAAAUGUAGAGGUAUCUGAACAGGCACAAUCUGAGAAUAAUGUAUCAUCUCCUACAGAUGGUCCCAGCCCAGAUUGUGCAGUUGAGGACAUGGAUACCACUGAGAAGGCUGUCUCUUUCUCCUGUCAGAUAGGUGUUGAGACUCUCACCUGUCCUGGAUCUCCUCCAUCUCCUUCAUCAGAUCACAUUCCAGAGAUAGAUACCUCACUAAAUGUUCAUGCAGAGAGUUCUGACGCUGACAUGCACAGCCCUGAUGUCCAACACAGUGAGGAAGCAGAACAAGGAACACAGGAUCACAUUCUUAGUUCCACCAUGGAAUCAGAUGUACCAAAUAUCAGCACAGAUGUUCCUGGCUUUUCUCAUUCACUUCAUGUGGAAAGCACAGACCCAUCAGAAACAAGCACACUGUCUAGCCACUCUGACUCCUCCUUCAAACUUCAACAUCAAGAGGAAGAGGAGAUUGUACAACAGGGUGCUUCAAGGCAGAAGAGGAGGAUGGGGUCGACCCGCAGGACAAAGAGAGAACAGAAAAAGGAAGAGACAUGUGAAGCAAUGAGUACAGAUGACAUCAAUGAGGACAUGAGCAUGAACGCAGAUACGGAGAUCACAGUUCCGCCUCUGAAUGUUCAUGCAGGGAGUUUUAAACCUGAGAUGCACAGUCCUGGUGUCCAACACAGUGAAGAAACAGAGCAAGGAACACAGGCUCACAUAGAUGGUAAUUACCUAGGAGAUAGCAAGGAAACAGCAGAGGUGAUCACAACAGUGGGAGCAGACAUUUUCAUUGAAGCUUUUAUGAGAGAAGAUGUCGACCAACUCAAAAAGCAUGAGGAAGAGCAGUCAGAAAAGAGUCAUGAAUCCCUAGUUGACCUGAAGAAUGUCUUAAUGAUCCAGGAAGAAGAACAUCAAAGGGAGGUUGACUUGGGUCCACCUGAAACCCAUAGAGCAGCUCAGGAAGACACAACGGUUGAAGGACAGGGAAGGAUUCUAGAUCAAAUCCAAAAUAAAGUUACCGAAGCAAGUGUUACUACUUCUCAAUAUCCACAAACUGAAGAAAGUCCUGGCUUGAAACGGAGGAGAAAGUUAGGCUCAACAAGAAGGAGUCAACGUGAAAAGACGGAGAGAAAAUAUGUUGUCAUGGAUGGGAUGCUCAUUCACUCAGACUCAGAGGCAAGUCCUUGCCGGGAUAGUAAAUCAGUGGAAGUAGAAGGAAAAGAUGAGGAAGAGGGGAAAAGCCAUGAUAUUGAGGAAAACACAGAGGCAAUAUCUUGUAUUUAUGUAAACACAAUAGUUAUACCUUCCGCACCAGAAUCGCUCAAAACAGAUCAUCAUAAGAAAGAACAGUGCAUUUUGGCCUCAACUAUUACCACAGCAGAGCAGCCAUCUUUGGAGAAUAUAGCCAGCAAUGACAAUUACUCAGCUCCUGGAGACACUCUGACUGUGAACAGUGACAUACCACCUGCUAAUUUACCCUCUUGUGAAAACACACUUAAGGUAUCUGCACCGGAAAAUUGUGAUUCCUCUGAAGAGACUAAACCACAAAAGAAGAGGAUGGGAUCUAGUCGUAAAAUAUCCCACCGUCAACAUAAAGAUAAGAAAAGCAGUCAUGGUGAGGCAGAUGUGAAGAAUGAGGAUUUGGAUAGUGUGACUAACACAGUUACACAACCAAUUCAGCAGGUCACAGGUGAUGUAGAUUUAUGUGCUGAACAUAAAGGAGGACCAGAGGGUGCAGAUAUUUAUGAAUGGACAGACAUCCAUCAGAGUAAAUGUUCUGAACCUGCCAGUGGAGCCUAUAAUCACCCUGAGGACCAUUCAGUCCCGGAGAUGUAUGUUCAGUCACCCUUGGGACAAAUUGAGAUGUCUGAAUCAAGUGGGACCACAGCAGCUGAGACGACCUCCAGCAACCUCUGUGAGGAUGACAGUCAGAAGGAGCCCAAAUCUAUGCUCCAAAAAAGAAAGAUGGGCUCUUCCCGUAGAGGUCAGGGUCUGAAAAACAAAGUGAAACAGGCUGCAAAUGUAGAGGAUGUGGAUGACAUCAGCACCUCGAAACAAGAGGGGAAUGAUACAGCUCUUCAGAACACAGAAGACUUGUCAAUAGAGGGUGAACAGUUACUCACUACUUCUGUUGUUCAAACAAGCAAGAGUAACCUACAGCCAAUGGCUCAGGCAGAAAGCCCUGAUAAGUUAAUUGAUGAGAGAGUUUUACCUGCUUCUGCUCAAUGCAGGAUAUCAGUCCAAAGUGUAUCCUCAUCACCUUCAUCUGAGCUGCAAGAAGAAAACCCAUCCAUAGAUCCACAAAGUACCACGAAAAAAAGGAAAAUGGGAUCAACUCGCAAGAACAUGAGGAGGCAAGGGCAAGACGAAAAAAGCAGCCUAAAGAGAGACCAAGGAAGUGCCGAAAGAUGUAAUGUGAUUGAUGACAUGGGAGAUCUGACUGGGUCAACAGAGACAGUUACGAUCCAGAAUGUGUCUGAAACAGGGGAGCCAGAGGAUACUCUACCACAGGAUGAGGAUACUGGACUUGGCUCUGCUGGCCACAAGGAGGUGCCAGAAGGCACAAGGAGGAAGAUGGGUUCCAGACGUGGUGGUCAGGGCUGCAGAGGAAUAGGAGGAGCAGUGAGGGGACCUGAGGACCAACCUGUUAGCCAGGGCCCUGAGAAUGAUAGCAGUGUAUUACAGAACACUCCGGAAAAUGUCAACAGUGAGGGUGUUCCUGAGCAGGGCCUUUCUAAACUGGUCUUACCUGGUGAGGGGCAAUUUCAGAAGGUGGGAGAAUCUCCUUCAGGAGCAAGAAGCAAAUCAGGUUUAGAUAGAAAGUAUGGGCAAGACUACACUCUAACGUCUCUGGAAGAGGCUGUUAUGUUUAGUGUAGUGAUGGUUGGAGACAGUAGCGUGGGGAAGACAUCUUUUAUCCGACGAUUCCAGUGUGGAGAGUUUUUUGAGGAUCACUCUGCCACCAUUGGCGUUGAUUCCUUCACCCAGACAUUGGCUGUGGAUGGUGAAUUGGUAAAACUGCAGAUCUGGGACACUGCUGGUCAGGAAAGGUUUAACAGCAUCACCCGUAAUGUGUUACAUAAGGCUCAGGGACUCAUCCUGAUGUAUGACAUUUCAUCCUGUCAGACCUUUAGCGCUGUUCGCAAAUGGAUUACAUGCAUUGAGGAUGGGGCUCCAAGUGAGGUCAUCAUCUUACUUCUUGGGAACAAGAAUGACUGUGAAGAUCGGCAAGUUCUGCACCCAGAAGGCGAACGGUUGGCCCAGGAAUACAACAUCCACUUCAUGGAAUGCAGCGCUGCAACUGGCGACAACAUUUCACAGUCCAUAGAGACUCUGGCCAGGUUAUUGAAGCAGACAGUGAAAGAGAGUGGUCAAGACUGUGUGACUCUGCACAAGAAGCCCCCACAGAAGAAGUCAGGCUGCUGUUGAGGCCUUGCUCUUUUCAUCACGUCUUAUAUUCAGUUCAUGUAAACUUAUACACACAAUUGCCUACUUUAGCUUAUGCAUUGUACAUACAUGUAAUAGAAAUAUAGAAUAUUAUAUAGAAUAUAGAAAUUAAAAAUAUUAUAAAUUAGAUCAUCUUAAGAAAACCUUUGCACAGUAAAAUAAAACCUAGACACUUUACAUUAUUCCAGUGUUAAAACAUUUAUGUAAUCUUUCUUUCUUUUGUUGGUAGAUGUUCAAAAUGUAAUGGAUCUUCAGCACAGUACACGUAAACAUUUAAUUUAUGAAAAUGUGUUAACAGUAAACAAAGCACAGAUUAGUCCAUUGCUGAUAUUUUUCUCUUGAUCUGUGAUUAUGUGAAAUAUAACAUUUAUAGUGUUCAGUUAGUGUUCAUGAUGACCAAAAUAUGAGGGAGAUGACCAUUACAAGGCUGAGAAAAAGUGCAAAUACAAUGAAAAACACCUCAGCAGCCCACUGACUGCGCUGCACUCCUGUAACCACUAGAGGGUGUUUGGAGGGUAUCAGAUUAGUCAGGUUAAGCAUGUAGCCCAGAGUCCAACCAAUGUCUGUGUCGGCCACCUGUGGAAUGUCAAGGAAACAUCAAAUCAAUCAAUUUGAUACAUUGCAAUAUAAAGUGUUUUCAAAACAAACAAAGAAAAGUUAGUAUAUAAAACAAUACCACAUAAAAACAAGAAAAACCCAGGGGCGUAUUCCAAGUACAUGGUUUCAUGACAAACCUGGGUAAGUUUACUCAGAGUAAGUGGUAAACCUCUUAAUAGAAGAGCUGUAUGGAUUUAUUCUCCACUCACUCUUACAAAGCAAUGCCAUAGGGCUCUUGUUGUAGGAGGUUUACCACUUACUCUGAGUUAACUUAACCCAGGUUUGUCACUAAAUCACAUACGUGGUAUACCACUCUGAUAUCUCACUAAAAAAUGUGAUGGCAAUUAGACUGCUACAGAGUGUGUAGUACAUUAAUGAAUGUGUAACUCAGGGAUUCAUAAAAGACAAGAUCAGAGACAUUUUGAUUGUCAGUAUGUUUUUUUACCAUCCAUUAUCUGGCUUGAUCAUAUUUAUUUAUAUCCGUUAUUCCCAGUGCCCUGAUUAUAUUUUAAUGUUGAAUACAUUUAAUAAACUUUUUUUUCCAUUCUG